AUGACGAUGGAUCUGGGGAAGGAGACGCCUGUUCCGUGGAACGAUGACACUAAAUAUGCACUUGGACUGUACAGACGGUAUCUUACUUUGCUGGGAAUAUGGCCGUUGGAACGGAACAGAGUGUUACCGACGUUGCGGCUGAUGUUCUUCAUCUUGAUACAAAUGUCCCUCAACAUCACCUACAUCACCAACCUCAUGACAACCGGUUACUGCGGCCGAAUUCUCGAUCUCGUCGAGAUCAUCACAAUCCUCUCCUUGAGCAACAUAUCUGUCCUCAAGUUGUUGGUGCCCUGGAGGUACUCCAGCAAAAUGCAUUUCGUCCUCAAUUCCAUGGUCGAGGAUUGGGCGAAGGUUUACAACCGCAGGUCCCACGAUACGAUGAUGAAAUACGCCUACAAAGGGAGGACCGUCUGUGUUCUCCAACUGUUCAUCACAGCAUUUUUGAUUCUCCGAAAUAUUCUCCACAAAUUACCUGCCACAGUGGCAAUAACGUCCGGGAAUGUGACCGCACUCUCGAGGAUUGUGCCCUACGGUCCGGCGUGUUGGGUGUCACCUACGAUGUCUGUGCACUACUACAACGCUUACUACUCAUUAAUCUGCAUUCACUGGCUUUCGGCGUCUCUCGCAUACAUCGGCACUGACAUAUACCUUUUCGGCCUGGGAAUGCACAUGUGCGGACAGUUCGAGCUCCUGGCCGGCGACCUCGAGACUAUCAGCGGUGACGAGAGUGUUGAAGAGCAGCACCAGAAAAUUUCCAAGUUCAUACGACGGCAUAAUCAUCUGCUGAAUGUUGCUGAGUCCAUUGAAGAGGUUUUCAAUAUUCCAGUCCUGGUGGAAGUCAUCAACAACACUGUCAUCAUCAGCAUCUCCGGGAUUAUCUUACUGUGGGCCUACAAACUCCGGAGUCGUGCAAUGGCGAUACCGAAACUCAUAAGAAUUUAUCUUUUCUACGUGGAGAUAUUUAUGGUCAGCUACGUUGGGCAAGCGCUGUCAGAGCAGACUGAAAAGCUCCAGGAAGCUGUCUACAACAUACCCUGGUAUAAAAUUCCAACGCACCACAUGAAAGCAAUAAUUAUUAUCAUGAUGCGGGUUAAAUAUCCGUUUCAAUUGACAGCGGGAAAAAUUGCUGACAUGAACUACGAGACAUAUAAAAAUGUUAUAAAAUCGACCUUCUCAUAUUUCUCGGUUUUCCGACUUGUGCUGGAACAAUGAACGCUAUUGCACAUAAGUGCUCCAUCUUAGACGAGAUGAUAAGAAAAUGGUGGAGAGAUGGUGAGCUCGCAGGAUAUUCGCUGAAAAUCUGCGAAAAUUCAGUGAUUUCGAAUUAUUCGUCAUUUUCUUUUUGUCUUUGCACAUCUAAAGAACUUGAUACUUACAGCAACGAUAUUGGUUGGAAAUAAUGGAGUCAGAUGUGUGUUAAUCACUAUUUCACAGCAAUUGUGAAAAUUUUCAUUUCACUGAUUACAACAGCAGUAGAUUUAAUUGAAAUGCUCUGGUAAUUUGGGG